CAAUAAUAUUUAUAUUUAUAUAUGUCAAGUGUCCUAUCUCUAGCAGGUUAAAGAUGGAAAGAGUUUUGGGGAACAUCCAAAACACAAAAUCCAGAAAUUGAAGAUAAGAAAAAGAAAAUUAAUGAAGCAGAUUAAUAUAUUAGAUUAGCAGGAAGAGUUAUUCAAGGAAUAGCAUUUUAGCAUUAAUGUAAAUUAUAAUGAUAAAAAGUAAAGAAAUGCAAUUAUUAUAUGGACUAUUAAGUUAAGUUUUAAAAAAACUAGAUGAAUUAGAAAAGUCAUAAGAAGCUUUAUCAUUAUCAAAAACUUUUGAUUCUUUGUCUUAAUUGCAUUCAUCAAAAGUAGACAAGAUUUACACUGCAAAUGAUAGUUUUCAAGAAUGGUUUGAUAUAAUUGAAUAACUAAGAUAAAUGCUUGAUAAAUAUUAAGAGAAUAGAUUAGUAUUUGAUCAUUAUAGACUAAAAGUCGAUUAACUUAAAAAUUGUAAAGGUUAAUAAAGGUUAUUAAGAGUAAUUCUUUAUUAUUUAAAAUAGAAUGAGUAAAAAUAUAAUAAUGCAAAUACAUAGUUUUAAGGAAUUUGUGUUCAAAUUAUUUAGAAAAUGGAUUAAAUUUUGAAUAACAAAAGAAAUAUGUUUAAUUAAGCUUAUUAAAUAGUAAUAUAAAAUGAAACAGAAGUAUAUCAUGAGGCUUUUAAAAAGUUAAUAAAACAUGAAGAUUUUAGAUCAAAAUUUGGUUUUGAUAAUUAAAAAUAAAAAAUCGAUAUAAAUGAUCUAAAAUAAUAAUAAUAAUAAUAAUAAUAGGAUGAUUUGAAUCGUAUUGAAUGUAAAUCAGAUGAGAAUAUCAGUAUAAAAGAUAUACCAGCAUUGGGAUCAGAUUGGAAUCCAUUUGAGUAAAAUAAUAAGAGUCCUUAUGAAGAUUAAUUGGCUUAAUCUUAGAUAGUUUAAUCAUAUUUUUCUUAAGGAGCAUAAGAAUCAGUGAAUCCUUUUGAAUCAGGUGAAGUGGCUAGUUUUCCAUCUAUUUAUAUGCCAGAUUAAAAAAUUCAAUCUAAUUAUAAAAUAGAUUAUGAGAAAUUUAAACAAUCGACGAAGCAACCUUUAGAAUGA